AUGGACCUUGGCAAUACAGAGACAGCAUCCAUACCAACUCCUCUUCCUCAUACAGACCCGGAUGAAUCAAAGUCUGUAACGGUACAGGGAGCAACCCUAGACUGUGGGGUGGACUUAGAAAGGCCCAUGCCUAAGUCAGAGACACCACCUCAGAUAUUAUGGGAAUCACACCCUGCACAGACAGUGUCUAUUUCUCCACUUGCUAACAUAGACCCUGAUGAAUCAGAGUCAGUUCUGAAGCUGGAGCCAGCCCCAUGCCCUGAGAUGGAUCCUGAAAACACAAACUCUGACUCAGUUUUAUGUCAGAUACAAGAGGAAUUUGACUCAGCACAGAAACCAUCAGAGCAGCGAGAUCCAUUCCCAGGUUUGAUCCUGCUGACUGACACUGAUCUCUCCUUUCCAACUGUGUCAGAGACAGCACCGUGUCUAGGACCAGAACUAGACCCAUCUGACAUGAGGGAUUCUGAGGAUCCCAUAUCUGCUUCAGAACCACUUCAGAUAGACGGGGAACCAGACCCUUGCAGGAAAGAACUGGGGUCUAUGCCCAGGCCUACUCCUCAUCCUCACAUAGAUUCCAGAGUGAAGCUGGGGUCAGACCCAUGCCCUGACACAGACUCAGAAAACACUAAAUCUACACCGCCUGAGCUACAAGGGGAGCCCGACACAGCCGAGAUACCGUCAGAGCAGCCGGCCACAGCAUUGACCUCUACGACUGAAUCGGAGGUUGACCUGGCCUCUCCAGCCGCAUCGUGUUCAGUGUCAUGUGUUGGACAACCAGACUUGUGCAAUGGGAUGAGAUCUGAAAAUCCCACGCCUGCAUCAGAGCCACUUCAGACAGAAGAAGAUCCUGACCUAGUCCAGAUACAGGCUAACACUCCUCUCCCUCACCUAGACUCCCAGGGAUUUGAGUCGGUGCCACCUCAUAAAUCUGACGCAACUCAGAUAGGCCUACAGCCAGAACAGCCAGCCCCAGUCUCACUGACUGUCAAGACUGAGCCCGGUCUCUCUUCUCUGGCUGUAUUGUAUCCAGUGGCAUACAUCCGACAAGAACCAGGUGUGGUGACUCUGCAGUCUGACUCACAGGGGAGGGACAGAAUCCUUGAAGGCUCCCGCCUGCGACGCCUCCAACCUCAGCCUCAGUCUCUCCCAUACUUUCCACCCAUACAACCACCAACAUAUUCACCCAUACGUCCUCAGCAGUCUCCAUCCAUAUCGAAUGGCCCUUGUCCGAUGAUCUGUCACUCAAUCCUUAUCCCUAGCUGCCCUCCUCUGGACCUCCCACCAGACUUUCCUUCAUAUCACCCCCAGAUUAACCAUAACUGCCUUCAACCAGGCCCUAAUCGCCCCUCACUGACCUCCCAGCUACGCCCUAACCACCCCCAACCACCACCGGACCUCCAGCUCGGCCCAGGCUUACCCGGUCCUCUCCCUGGGAUGGCUGGUUCCAUUCCUGGUUCUCUCCCCAGCCAGCCCCCAACUAACCAGGCCUGGUGUCGCGGCGAGAGCUUCUCCUCCCGGGGGGUGUUUGAGAACUACAGGUGGUGGCAGAACCUCCGGGACAUGGCCAGAAAAAUCUACCCCGACAGUGGACCUGACGCAGAGGCCCUGGCCUGCUUCUUCAUGUGAGUGUUGCGUCUGAAAUGACACCCUUUUCCCUAUGUAGUGCACUAUUUUUGACAAAAGUAGUGCAAUCUAUAGGGCACAUGGGCCCUGGACAAAAGUAGUGGACUCUAUAGGGCACUCAUUCCACGGAGCGCUGAGUGUCCUUCCACGGAGCGCUGAGUGUCCUUCCUUGUACUUGAUUGAUGAAUUAAGGUCACUGAUUAGUAAAGAACUCCCCUCACCUGGUUGUCUAGGUCUUAAUUGAAAGGAAAAAACAAAAACCAGCAGACGCUAGGCCCUCCAUGGAAUGAGUUUGACAGCCCUGGUAUAGGGAAUGGGGUGCCAUUUAGUAAGCACAUUGGAGAGUGGAUUCUGUGCUAGUGUGUGUAGUUAGCCUUAUACAGCAUCUGCUCCCUUUAUUGGCAGCUUCUACUGUCGUUAUCUUUCCUGAUGAUCUGUUGUUUUCCUUUAUAAAGACAUGAGAGGCCUCUGAACAGAAUACUGCUGCUCCCCAGUUUAUUCCUGCACCAUAAUAAUAACUAUUCUUGUUUAGCUAGUUUUUAUGGGCCUUAGUAAGUAGACUCUUGCUCAGUGACUUGGUGCUGUGUAUUGUUUUGGUAAUACGGUCUUUAUUACCAUGUAAUAACGGACUAUAAAUAGAAACCUUGUAUCUUUAUUUACCUUUUAUUUAUAUUUUUGCACUGUCUCAAUGCAGACUCAUAGGGCCCUACACACUCACACACACACAAACACUCACUCCAUCAUCUUCUCACUCACACAUAAUAUGCACAUACAUUUAUACUGACUCUACACACCCGCACACCCACUCACAUACAAGCUGCUGCUACUCUGUUUAUCUUAUAUCCUGAUGCCUAGUCCCCUUACCCCUAUACAUAUCUACCUAUAUCACUCCAGUAUCCCUGCACAUUGUAAAUAUGGUAGUGGAACUGACCCUGUAUAUAGUAUGCUUUCUUACUUACCAAUUGUGUUCUUCAUACUUCUUAUUUCUCAUGUGGGGUUUUUUCUACUAUUACAUUGUUAUUGAUUAUUGCAUUGUUGGGUUUUGAGUUUGCAAGAAAGGCAUUUUGUGCAUGUGACAUUAAAACAUGAAACGUGAAAAAUAGAAGUCUCUGAGUAGAGCACAUAUGUCAGAGUCAAGGCCCGCGGGCCACAUCCGGCCCGCGAGAAGGUUUUUUACGGCCCCUGGGAUGAUCUUGAUUUAUUAUUAGAACCGGCCCGCAGACCGCAGCAAGCCGGCAGCCCGCAGAUCUUUUACACGCACCAAUACUACAUUUCCCACAAUGCAACGGUGACGCACCGAGCAGUAGGCUGCUUCAUUUCAAUAUUUAUUGGCACAGCAGUCGUCAGCAUCACAGUAAAAUUAACUUUCAGAUACCCAUCAAAAAUGGCAAAACGGAAGGUGGACACUGAGAACCGGGGGUUUCAAACAAGGUGGGAGUCGGAGUAUAUGUUCACGGAGGUAGCUGGAAAACCUGUGUGUCUUCUGUGUGGAGAAAGUGUGGCGGUACUGAAAGAGUAUAAUCUGAGACGACAUUAUGAAACGAAACACGCGGACAAAAACAAGAAUAUGGACAUGGAACAAAGGCUACAAAAGGCAGAGGAAUUAAAACGAGGCCUCAAAUCUCGACAGGCUCUGUUCAAAAAAGCCAAAUCACAAGGCCAGGCUGCUGUCAAGGCCAGUUUUAUUUUGGCAGAAGAGAUCGCUAAAUCAGCCCGGCCAUUUACGGAGGGGGAUUUCAUCAAAAACUGCAUGAUUAAAGUUUGUGACGAAGUUUGCCCAGAAAAAAGGCAACUCUUUUUAAAUGUGAGUCUGAGCAGAAACACCAUUGCCGAGAGAGUAGACCAGUUGUCCAUCAAUCUAAAAGAGCAGCUUGUGAAAAAGGGAAAAGAUUUCAUUGCAUAUUCCUUGGCUGUGGAUGAGAGCACCGACAUUUCUGACAUUGCCCAGUUGUCAAUUUUCAUCCGCGGAGUGGACUCCAGCCUAAGCGUGACAGAGGAGUUUUUGGCUUUACGUCCUAUGCAUGGCACAACUACGGGGCAUGAUUUGUAUGAAGAGGUGUCAAGAUGUGUAAAUGAGAUGGAGCUGCCUUGGGAAAAACUCGUGGGUUUGACAACCGACGGAGCACCUGCGAUGUGUGGACACAGGAGCGGACUGGUGGCGAAGAUACGGGAAAAGAUGCAAGAGGAAAACGCGACAGGUGAGCUGACAGCUUAUCAUUGUAUCAUACACCAGGAAGCGUUGUGCGGUAAAGCCUUGAAAAUGGAGCAUGUAAUGAGCAUCAUCACGCGCACAGUUAACUUUAUCAGAGCCAAAGGUUUGAAUCACCGCAUGUUACUUCUCCUUAAACAAAGUGUUGUUUUUGAUUAAUAGAUUUUUGCACUUUAUUUUAUUGUAUUUCAAUCCAAUUAUAUUUUAAAAAUAUUUCAGUUGAGUGGAUGAUAGAAAAUUGCUAUUAUUGUUUUUUUCUUUGAAGUAAAUUUAGCCCACUUUUGCUAAAAUAGAAAAUAUAGGCUACUGAUGGUGCCUUGAAUACCGGUUUCUUUCAUUUAAUGUUCAUGUUAUGGGGAUUUUUAUAUAAAGGAAAUUUGUCUUUUGUGUCUGUUGAAAAUUAAAGAUUACUGACAGAGCCAUAAGAAAAUAUUGCUUUAUUUAUCUGAUCAUAUUGGAAUAUAUUUGUUAGGUUUUCAGUAGGUUCAAUUAGGUUCACUAGACUAUAUGCGUCAUUUAAAAAUUUUUCAAUGAACAUUCGAACAGUCCGGCCCUCGGCUUGUAGCUAAAUUUUUUAUUUGGCCCUCCGUCCAUUUGACUUUGACACCCCUGGAGUAGAGGGUCUGUGAGUGAGAGUUGUAGAGGGUUAUGUUACAGUUUUGGUGACAUAGAUAUUGACUGUACUACCCCUAACCCUGUGUGUGUCUGUGUGUCUGUGUCUCUUCAGUCCAGUGAUUCGUUCCUUCUGUCUCCAGUACCCCUCGCUCCUCUUCACCCAGGGCAUUAGUGCAGCGGUGGGAGAAUGGAGGAAACUCUCCAACUACGACCGUAUGGAAUACUACCACUUGGCCCAGAAGUGAGUCCACAGUGUGUGUGUGUGUGUGUGUGUGUGUCAGUUUAUGUGUCUGUGUGUGUGUCCUCACAAAACACAAGAUGUCAUUCAACUUUGGCACAGUUAAGACACACAAACAACUUUUGAAAGAAAUGUUAACACUGACAUACCAUCCAAUUAUUACCCUCACAGUUUGUACAGUUUUGUAACUCCCAUAGCUCUGCACUUAAAGAGCAAUCUGGGAUUGGUUAAUCCAUUUUUAUACUUAUAUAGCCAUUGAUUCCAUCCCCCAGAUUGCUCCUUUAAAUGCACUUUUCAUGUUAACAUCUACAGAAUGUCCUCCUCAUAAAAUAUGGAAUGUUUGAUUAGAUUAUCAAAUAAGUGGUAACUGCAUCAUUGUGGAAUUACAUUGAAAGGUACUAACAAUGAUACCCUACUGAAGAUAUAAAUAUAUGAAUCAUGUGGAAAGAGUUUAUUUAUCAAAUUAGAUUAGAUUUACAUGGGUAGUUUCAAGUUUUAAUGUCACGUGCACAAGUACAGUGAAAUGCCUUUCUUGCAAGCUCUAGACCCAACAAUGCAGUAAUCGUCAACUAUGACAGACAAAUUGAGAAAAACAAAUCCAGAAAAUGACAUUGUAGGAUUUUUAAUGAAUUUAUUAGCAAAUUAUGGUGGAAAAUAAGUAUUUGGUCACCUACAAACAAGCAAGAUUUCUGGCUCUCACAGACCUUUAAGAGGCUCCUCUGUCCUCCACUUGUUACAUGUAUUAAUGGCACCUGUUUGAACUUGUUAUCAGUAUAAAAGACACCUGUCCACAACCUCAAACAGUCACACUCCAAACUCCACUAUGGCCAAGACCAAAGAGCUGUCAAAGGACACCAGAAACAAAAUUGUAGACCUGCACCAGGCUGGGAAGACUGAAUCUGCAAUAGGUAAGCAGCUUGGUUUGAAGAAAUCAACUGUGGGAGCAAUUAUUAGGAAAUGGAAGACAUACAAGACCACUGAUAAUCUCCCUCGAUCUGGGGCUCCACGCAAGAUCUCACCCCGUGGGGUCAAAAUGAUCACAAGAACGGUGAGCAAAAAUCCCAGAACCACACGGGGGGACCUAGUGAAUGACCUGCAGAGAGCUGGGACCAAAGUAACAAAGCCUACCAUCAGUAACACACUACGCCGCCAGGGACUCAAAUCCUGCAGUGCCAGACGUGUCCCCCUGCUUAAGCCAGUACAUGUCCAGGCCCGUCUGAAGUUUGCUAGAGUGCAUUUGGAUGAUCCAGAAGAGGAUUGGGAGAAUGUCAUAUGGUCAGAUGGUAAAAACUAAACUCGUCGUGUUUGGAGGACAAAGAAUGCUGAGUUGCAUCCAAAGAACACCAUACCUACUGUGAAGCAUGGGGGUGGAAACAUCAUGCUUUGGGGCUGUUUUUCUGCAAAGGGACCAGGACGACUGAUCCGUGUAAAGGAAAGAAUGAAUGGGGCCAUGUAUCGUGAGAUUUUGAGUGAAAACCUCCUUCCAUCAGCAAGGGCAUUGAAGAUGAAACGUGGCUGGGUCUUUCAGCAUGACAAUGAUCCCAAACACACCGCCCGGGCAACGAAGGAGUGGCUUCGUAAGAAGCAUUUCAAGGUCCUGGAGUGGCCUAGCCAGUCUCCAGAUCUCAACCCCAUAGAAAAUCUUUGGAGGGAGUUGAAAGUCUGUGUUGCCCAGCGACAGCCCCAAAACAUCACUGCUCUAGAGGAGAUCUGCAUGGAGGAAUGGGCCAAAAUACCAGCAACAGUGUGUGAAAACCUUGUGAAGACUUACAGAAAACGUUUGACCUGUGUCAUUGCCAACAAAGGGUAUAUAACAAAGUAUUGAGAAACUUUUGUUAUUGACCAAAUACUUAUUUUCCACCAUAAUUUGCACAUAAAUUCAUAAAAAAAUCCUACAAUGUGAUUUUCUGGAUUUUUUUCCUCAUUUUGUCUGUGAUAGUUGACGUGUACCUAUGAUGAAAAUGACAGGCCUCUCUCAUCUUUUUAAGUGGGAGAACUUGCACAAUUGGUGGCUGACUAAAUACUUUUUUCCCCCACUGUGGUACUAAAAAUAACAUAAGGUAGAACAAAGACACACGUGAAAUAAAAAUAAGAAGAACACAAGAAGUAAGUAAGCAUACUAUUUACAGGGUCAGUUCCAAUACCAUAUUUACAAUGUGCAGGGAUACUGGAGUGAUAGAGGUAGAUAUGUACUUCUGGUCGUUUCUCAUAAUCUUUUACCAAUAUAGUAGUGCACAUACAUUUUGGUCACGUUAAAUAUGUUGGGGAAUAGGGUGUCAUUUGAGGUGUUGUGUGUGUGUGUGUGUGCACGUGCAUGUUUGCUUGAUCAUCUUUAGAUUCGUGGAGCUUGAGGUGGAGGAGGUGACAGCUAAGGAAAGAUCAAAGGUCAUACAAAGGUCACUGUCAGGGACAGGUCAGAGUGGAGCCCAGGCUGAGUUGAAAGGUCAUUAUUCCUGCAUGCUAACUUUUAUUUUUUUAUUUCACCUUUAUUUAACCAGGUAAGCCAGUUGAGAACAAGUUCUCAUUUACAACUGCGACCUGGCCAAGAUAAAGCAAAGCAGUGCGAUAAAAACAACAACAACACAGAGUUACAUAUGGGGUAAACAAAACAUACAGUCAAUAACACAAUAGAAAAUCUAUAUACAGUGUCUGCAUGGAGGUAAGGCAAUAAAUAGGCCAUAGUGCAAAAUAAUUACAAUUUAGUAUUAACACUGGAAUGAUAGAUGUGGAGAAGAUGAUGUGCAAAUAGAGAUACUGGGGUGCAAAUGAGCAAAAUAUAUAACAAUAUGGGAUGAGGUAAGGUAGUUGGGUGGGCUAAUUUCAGAUGGGCUGUGUACAGGUGCAGUGAUCGGUAAGCUGCUCUGACAACUGAUGCCUAAAGUUAGUGAGGGAGAUAAGUGUCUCCAGCUUCAGAGAUUUUUGCAGUUCGUUCCAGUCAUUGGCAGCAGAGAACUGGAAGGAAUCGCGGCCAAAGGAGGUGUUGGCUUUGGGGAUGACCAGUGAGAUAUACCUGCUGGAGCGCAUACUACGGGUGGGUGUUGCUAUGGUGACCAAUGAGCUAAGAUAAGGUGGGGAUUUGCCUAGCAGUGAUUUAUAGAUGACCUGGAGCCAGUGGGUUUGGCGACGAAUAUGUAGUGAGGACCAGCCAACAAGAGCGUACAGGUCACAAUGGUGGGUAGUAUAUGGGGCUUUGGUGACAAAACGGAUGGCACUGUGAUAGACUACAUCCAAUUUGCUGAGUAGAGUGUUGGAGGCUAUUUUGUUAAUGACAUCGCCGAAGUCAAGGAUCGGUAGAUUAGUCCGUUUUACGAGGGCAUGUUUGGCAGCAUGAGUGAAGGAGGCUUUGUUGCCAAAUAGGAAGCCCAGUCUAAGGCACUGAAUCGCAGUGCUAGCUGUGCCACUAGAGAUCCUGGUUCGAAUCCAGGCUCUGUCGCAGCUGGCCGCGACCAGAAGACUCAUGGGCGGCGCACAAUUGGCCUAGUGUCGUCCAGGGUAGGGGAGGGAAUGGCCAGCAGGGAUGUAAAAAAAAAUAAAAAUAAAAAUAAAAGGUAUUCACUAACUGUAAGUCGCUCUGGAUAAGAGCGUCUGCUAAAUGACUCAAUGUAAUGUAAAAUGUAGAUUUAACUUUGGAUUGGAGAUGCUUAAUGUGAGUCUGGAAGGAGAGUUUACGGUCUAACCAGACACCUAGGUAUUUGUAGUUGUCCACAUAUUCUAAGUCAGACCCGCCGAGAGUAGUGAUUCUAGUUGGGCGGGCGGGUGCAAGCAGCGUUCGAUUGAAGAGCAUGCAUUUAGUUUUACUAGCGUUUAAGAGCAGUUGGAGGCUACGGAAGGAGUGCUGUAUGGUAUUGAAGCUCGUUUGGAGGUUUGUUAACACAGUGUCCAAUGAAGGGCCAGAUGUAUACAAAAUGGUGUCGUCUGCGUAGAGGUGGAUCUGAGAGUCACCAGCAGCAAGAGCGACAUCAUUGAUAUACACAGAGAAUAGAGUCGGCCCGAGAAUUUAACCCUGUGGCACCCCCAUAGAGACUGCCAGAGGUCCAGACAACAUGCCCUCCAAUUUGACACAUUGAACUCUAUCUGAGAAGUAGUUGGUGAACCAGGCGAGGCAGUCAUUUGAGAAACCAAGGCUAUUUAGUCUGCCAAUAAGAAUGCGGUGAUUGACGGAGUCGAAAGCAUUGGGCAGGUCGAUGAAGACGGCUGCACAGUACUGUCUUUUAUCGAUUGCGGUUAUAAUAUCGUUUAGGACCUUGAGCGUGGCUGAGGUGCACCCAUGACCAGCUCGGAAACCAGAUUGCAUAGCAGAGAAGAUACGGUGGGAUUCGAAAUGGUCGGUGAUCUGUUUGUUAACUUGGCUUUCAAAUACUUGAGUGUCACCCCCCUUUGAAGAGGGGGAUGACCGCGGCAGCUUUCCAAUCUCUGGGGAUCUCAGACGAUACGAAAGAGAGGUUGAACAGGCUGGUAGUAUGUAUGGGUUGCGACAAUUUCAGCAGCUAAUUUUAGAAAGAAAGGGUCUAGAUUGUCUAGCCCAUCUGAUUUGUAGGGGUCCAGAUUUUGCAGCUCUUUCAGAACAUCAGCUAUCUGAAUUUGGGUGAAGGAGAAGGGGGGGCAUGGGCAAGUUACAGCGGAGGGUGCAGAGCUGGUGGCCGGGGUAGGGGUAGCCAGGUGGAAAGCAUGUCCAGCCAUAGCAAAAUGCUUGUUGACAUUUUUGAAUAUCGUAGAUUUAUCGGUAGUGACAGUGUUUCCUAGCCUCAGUGCAGUGGGCAGCUGGGAGGAGGUGCUCUUAUUCUCCAUGGACUUUACAGUGUCCCAAAACCUUUUGGAGUUAGUACUACAGGAUGCAAAUUUCUGUUUGAAAAAGCUAGCCUUCGCUUUCCUAACUGAUUGUGUAUAUUGGUUCCUGACUUCCCUGAAAAGUUGCAUAUCGCGGGGGCUGUUCGAUGCUAAUGCAGUACGCCACAGGAUGUUUUUGUGCUGGUCAAGGGCAGUCAAGUCUGGGGUGAACCAGGGGCUAUAUAUGUUCUUCGUUCUGAAUUUUUUGAAUGGGGCAUGCUUAUUUAAGAUUGAGAGGAAAGCACAUUUAAAGAACAACCACUGAGAGGUCACAACAACUUCUCAUUCACACAAUCUAUUGGACAGCCUCUGUAAACCAUGCAUAUGCAUCUCUGCCAUUACACAUUUAGGGCUCAAUUCAAUCCGUACUGCUGAAGAUCUGCUUUUAUAGCUCGAUUGACAAUUAAAGGCAAUGUUCGCAUAGGUCGUGGAGAAUGCAUUCACGGUAAACGCUGCAUAUGCCAGCUCAAUCGGAAAUUGCUUUUAAAUGUGAACAGCUGUACAAUGCAGAUAUUCUGCACUACGGAUUAAACCAAGCACUUGGAUAGCUAGUACUCUGAAAUGUAUUUUUACAUAUAGUUAAUUAUAUAUAUACAGUUGAAGUCGGAAGUUUACAUACACUUAGGUUGGAGUCAUUAAAACUCGUUUUUCAACCACUCCACAAAUUUCUUGUUAACAAACUACAGUUUUGGCAAGUCGGUUAGGACAUCUACUUUAAGUAAUUUUGACAACAAUUGUUUACAGACAGAUUAUUUCACUUAUAAUUCACUGUAUCACAAUUCCAGUGGGUCAAAAGUUUACAUACACUAAGUUGACUGUGCCUUUAAACAGCUUGGAAAAUUCCAGAAAAUGAUCUCAUGGCUUUAAAAGCUUCUGAUAGGCUAAUUGACAUCAUUUGAGUCAAUUGGAGGUGUACCUGUGGAUGUAUUUCAAGUAUUUCAAGGCCUACCUUCAAACUCAGUGCCUCUUUGCUUGACAUCAUGGGAAAAUCAAAAGAAAUCAGCCAGAAUUUCUUUCUUUUUUUGACCUCCACAAGUCUGGUUCAUCCUUGGGAGUAAUUUCCAAAUGCCUGAAGGUACCACGUUCAUCUGUACAAACUAUAGUAUGCAAGUAUAAACACCAUGUGACCACGCAGCCAUCAUUCCGCUCAGGAAGGAGAUGCGUUCUGUCUCCUAGAGAUGAAUGUACUUUGGUGCGAAAAAUGCAAAUUAACCCCAGAACAACAGCAAAGGACCUUGUGAAGAUGCUGGAGGAAACAGGUACAAAAGUAUCUAUAUCCACAGUAAAACGAGUCCUAUAUCGACAUAACCUGAAAGGCCGCUCAGCAAGGAAGAAGCCACUGCUCCAAAACCACCAUAAAAAAGCCAGACUACGGUUUGGAACUGCACAUGGGGCCAAAGAUCAUACUUUUUGGAGAAAUGUCUUCUGGUCUGAUGAAACAAAAAUAGAACUGUUUGGCCAUAAUGACCAUCUUUGUGUUUGGACGAAAAAGGGGGUGUUGCAAGCCGAAGAACAGCAUCUCAACCGUGAAGCACGGGGGUGGCAGCAUCAUGCUGUGGGGAUGCUUUGCUGCAGGAGGGACUGGUGCACUUCACAAAAUAGAUGGCAUCAUGAGGAAGGAAAAUUAUGUGGAUAUAUUGAAUCAACAUCUCAAGACAUCAGUCAGGAAGUUAAAGCUUGGUCGCAAAUGGUUCUUCCAAAUGGACAAUGACCCCAAGCAUACUACCAAAGUUGUGGCAAAAUGGCUUAAGGACAACAAAGUCAAGGUAUUGGAGUGGCCAUCACAAAGCCCUGACCUAUAGAACAUUUGUGGACAGAACUGAAAAAGCGUGUGCGAGCAAGGAGGCCUACAAACCUGACUCAGUUACACCAGCUCUGUCAGGAGGAAUGGGCCAAAAUUCACCCAACUUAUUGUGGGAAGCUUGUGGAAGGCUAUCCAAAACGUUUGACCCAAGUUAAACAAUUUAAAGGCAAUGCUACCAAAUACUAAUUGAGUGUAUGUAAACUCCUGACCCACUGGAAAGCUGAAAUAAAUAAUUCUCUCUACUAUUAUUCUGACAUUUCACAUUCUUAAAAUAAAGUGGUGAUCCUAACUGACCUAAAACAGAAUUUUUACUAGGAUUAAAUGUCAGGAAUUGUGAAAAACUGAGUUUAAAUGUAUUUAGCUAAGGUGUGUGUAAACUUCCGACUUCAACUGUAUAGUUAAAGUGGUUACCCAAAAAGUGAAUUAAUCAUUUGUAUGAAUGAAUGAAGCCACAUGGUGUGAAAACUUAAUGAUGAUCUCUCUCCCUCUCCCUCCCCUCAGCAGGUUACACAGGGAAGAGCAGUGCCACCACGUCAGCCAAAGAGACAGAAACCAAAAGCACCACCAGAGUUAACCAAGCCAAGGACAAAACUCAGAGAGCCACCAAGAGUGGCAGUGGUCCUAGAGUGCCCCAUGGUGGCCGACUAGGGAAAGUGGACAUCAAGGUAUUGACAAAAUUACUGGAAGCUAAACUGUCCCAAAAAUACCCAGUCACUCUUGUCAGGUACUGUAGUUGGCAUUAAACUUUAUUGAGUUGGCAUGGCUGUGUAGAAAGUUAAACUAAGGCAAACAAUUUGUCUACUUCCCUCAAGGUCCUGGAGGAACGUGCCCUCGGGGAGUACACGGCAGCCAUGGAGGCCCUCCUUAUUGACCCCACCGGGGUCAGGGAGAGGUUAGAGGUCAGAGGUCAAGAGGAAGAGGGGGAUGAGGAAGAGGAGGGAGAAGGAGAUGGGGAAUGCUCGUUCACGGAGUAUCUGAAUGAGCUGUGUAGUCAGAGGGAGUUUGUCACUAAGGUAAUGAACAUACAAAGGAAUUGAUGUGAUGUAUAUUUUUCUUACAAUCAUAAGCAUUUCCUGGUGGAUUCUGUCUUUUCAGUCUUUUAAAUCAUAUAAUUUGAUGAUGGAUUUUUAAGGUAACGAACAUCAGUUCAGAAAAAAUAAGAAACCUGCACACUGCUCUUGAUAGUAUCACUGCUCUUGAUAGUAUCACUGCUCUUUAUUAAGCUUUACGUAUCGGCCUCAAGGCCUUCGUCAGAGCUUUUGUGAGUGUUUAUAAUUUGCACCCUUAUGUAGACAUUGCUCCACCCACAAUGCAUCGAAUGGGGUUGGAGUUGAGGGAAAAUAAGCAAGUGUUACCAAAUAUAACAAUGUGCAUUUCAUAAGUAUUCUAAUAAAGUGUGUACAUAAAACAUAUAUAAAAAAGAGCUCACUGACGCACAAGUCUCAGUCUUAUCUAAGGGCCUCUCUUUUGUACCUACAUAAACAGACAAACCAUUUGAUACGAAAGUAGAUCUGUUGAAAUUAUUUUGCAAGAUUAAACUUAAACACGUGUUUUCCCAAAACACUGUUUCUGGCCUAGAAACCCAACAAAGAACUGUUACCCAUUUUAAGCCCAAAAGCAAAUUCUGUCCUAUGGUUAACAACUCCUUCGAUUAAUACCUAUUGUAGGUUAGUCGAACAAAAAGCCAUGUCUGUAAAUACAUGAGAAAAACAAACCAUAUUCAGAAGAACCUCACCAGGACAGAAGAACAGGCACUUAAUGAUCUAAUGAAAGACUCAUCUUUGGUUAUCAAACCUGCAGACAAGGGGGAGGAGCUGUGGUCGUUUUAGACUAUGAAAAAUACAAAGAAAAGAUUCAGAGACAACUCAGUAAUGAACGUUUCCAUAGAAAACUGAGUGUUGAUCCCACACAGGUUUUCCAAAGGGAUAUUAGCUCUAAUCUGGAGCAAGCGCUAUUAAACAACCUUAUCUCAAAACCUGAAUAUGAAUACCUUGGCUGCAAAUGUGCCAUACUUCAAUGCCUGUACAUUUUGCCUAAAUUACACAAACCUAAAACACAACAAGGCAAUUAUCCAGGCAGACCAGUGGUUGCAGGAAUAGGCUCAAUGUUAGAGCCAUUGUCGAACUUUGUAGACUAUUUUAUUAAAUAUCAUGUGCAAGCAUUGACAUCAUAUGUGAAAGACUCUAUAGACUAAAUAAGAUUUCAUCAAUAACGGGAUUAACAGAAUACUAUUUUGGUCACAUUAGAUGUCGAGAGUCUAUAUACCAGCAUUCCCCACACGGGGGGCUGGCAGCCCUAGCUCACUAGUUGAGAGACUGAGAUACAGAAAAAUACCCACCAACAAACUUUAUUCUAGAGCUGGCUGAAUAUGUUUUGACGUAGAACUAUUUCAGGUUUGAUGAUUAAUACUACCUCCAAACGAAUGGAACAUUGAUGGGCUCCACAUUCGCUCCAAGCUAUGCUAACCUUUAUGUGUGUCAUUUUGAAGAACGUUUUGUUAACAAUGAAAAUGAACAUCUAUUUUUGAAUAAAAUCCUGAAGUGGUAUCGAUAUAUUGACGACAUGUUUUGCAUAUGGGGAGGAACGGGAGAAGAGCUGCCAGACUUCAUGGUAUUACUCAAUGACAUUGACCCCAAUCUCAAAUUCUCUAUUGAAUGUGACACUAAACGUGUUCAUUACCUCGAUAUGUGGAUUGAGAAAUCAAAUGGAACCCUGUUUACAACUCUGUACAGAAAAGAAACGGACAGAAAUACUCCAUUACAGGGGGACAGCUUCCACCCUGAGCCAUUAAAAAAAGAGGACUUCCAAGAAGGCAGUUUUUUUUUAGACUUCGCGGUAUCUGCCACUCCACAGAGGACUAUCUAGAAAAAGCAGCGGAGAUGCGCAAUAGGUUUCUAAGAAGGCGCUACUCCACAAUGUAUGGAUGAAGUUCUUAAUUUGGUAUUAGGGAAAACCAGUGGCGAUUUUAGCAUGUAAAUCUUGGUGGGGCAAAAAAAUAAAGUGGGAUGCAUGCCAGCAAAGCCACUACACUACACAACACUAAACAAUACAUUAAUCGCACUAUAACGGUGACAAACGGUGCCCCCAAACUGUUAGGGCCUACAUAAAGCUGUCCCAACACCUUACCACUGCUACACCUGGCUAUCAGCGGAGCCUUGUCUGGCAGCGAAACAGUUCAUUCAGCCUCAUUUACUGCCUUUUAAAAAACAUAGACGAUAUGGCAGACUUUUUUUUAAACAAAUGUUGUUUCUACAGACAAUUGCGAUGUACAAACUAUGGCAUAACGGGACGACAAGCUGUUAAGAGGAAAUCCGUAAUUUCGAUUAAGACAUUAAUGAGCGAGCUAGGACGGAGGUAGUCAAUAUAACUAUUUGUUCAGCACUUUUGAAAUGUACAGCGACAUAAUUCAGAACAUGGGCCGUUCUUACAGUGUUCUCCCUGUACACCAAGUCAGAACCGUAGGAUAAAUAAAGGGGGCAUAUAAGCAGACAAUGAAAGCUCUUACAAUAUUCGAUGAUUACAUUUCUCUAAAACAGGUUAUAUGCUACAUGUGCACCACCAAGUCAGAACAGUAGGCGAAAUUAAGAGGUGGAAAUAUACCAAAUUAUUAGGGUGAGGCACAUGGGCUACUAACAGCUUACUACACAACAUACACUUCUUAGCUACAGUAUACAUAUCUCCCUGGCAUUAUACAUCAUUUAUGCAGCAGCAUACAGUACAUUUUUGGACUCACGUUGUUGUGCUCACUUGAACUGGAAGGUGGCGCGGCGGUCCUUCUUGGGCAAAUUUUGUCAUCAAAGAAAGAGGCUGGAUUUACAAUUCCGAGUUGGAUGACGGUUCAAAACGUAUUUUCCCAGUCGGAGCUCGUUUAUUCUCGACUUCCCAGUUUUCUUGAACUCACUGGAAGUCAAGUUUUCGCAGUUCCGAGUUAACAGUUGUUUUGAGCGCGGCACAAAUCAUGCUUCAUUGACAGCAUGGCCAAUGUUGAAUGUUCAUCAUUUUAAACUUGGAAAAGGGACAACACAGACACUCUAAUGAAUAGCAGGCUAGUGAUUGCUUUGCAAUGCUUGCAGUUAGCCACUGUUACCGAUUCCUUCCAAACCACUCAUUGUUGAAUUUGCGAUUUCCAAUUAGUUUAUGUCCAAUGGCCGAUGAGCACCGAUACGUUUUAUCUAUCAUUUAUCUUCAUUAUUUAUCUUCAUAUGACACGGAUUAAAAAGGAUUUGCCAGUAGAUUGUCGACUUGAUUCAUGAUGAUGACUGCUAGCUAAGAUUUUGAAAGUAAGAUGUUGACAUGAUCAGUCCAAUCAAAGCUACUGUAAAUAUAAUGUGAUUUGACUUCAUUUUAUCUGUGGCCAAUGACCUUGAGCCUUCUUGGAAGGGCCUUUAAUGACGUCUCGCCGGUGGGGAAAACAUGCAAAAAAAAGACCCACUAGAGCUAAAGAACGCUGUAAUGUUCACCACCACCUAUAAUUUGAACUUGCGCAAAGUGGGAGAUACUGUCAAAAAACACUGGCAUGUUUUAUCAUCGGACCCAGCUUUGCCAGCUGAAUUUAAGAAGCAACCAGUUAUUGUAUAUUGGAGAGGUCGCAAUUUACACGACAAAUUGGUCCAUGCCAACAGCCAGCCACAAAAGAAAAUGAGCCAGGCUCUUUUCCGCCCUCUUCCGAAUGGUAGCUAUAAAUGCAGAGGUUGCGCACAGUGCAACAGUAUGAUGAAGUGUGAAUACUUCUGCCAGUGUCACCCACAUACAGGAAAACGGUUCCAAAUAAAUGACAUUAUUACGUGCUCCACCUCCCAUGUUAUCUACAUGAUUAAAUGUCCAUGUGGGCUGUGUUAUGUUGGUAAAACCUCUCAUUCUCUCAAACAGAGAAUGAAUUAACACAAAAAUUCAAUCAGGAGAAACGACAGGGAUUAUCCAGAAGCAGUACAUUUUAAUGACCAAAAACAUGACAUUACUACCUUUAGAUUUUGUGGCAUAGAGAAAGUUAAGAUAUCAGACAGUGGAGGGGAUAUAAUUAAUACUCUGAGCAAAAUAUAAUGUUUUUGGAUUUUCACCCUCCAGACAUUAUUCCCAAAAGGUCUUAAUGAUGAAAUGCCCAUGCAUGUUAUGUUGUAAAUGUGAACAUGAGUUAAUGCCGCCACUUCAGAUUACUCUGACGUUUUUUCUUGCACUGUACCCAAUGAUUUAUGAAAGCUUACUUGAUAGGUUGAUGUCCUCAUUGUGGUUUUACAGAUGUGUUUAAUAAAUGUUAUGUACACACUUUAUUAGAAUACUUAUGAAAUGCACAUUGUUAUAUUUGGUAACACUUGCUUAUUUUCUCCUCGACUCCAACCCCAUUCGAUGCAUUGAACAGAUGUGGGUGGAGCAAUGUCUACAUAAGGGUGCAAAUUAUAAACACUCACAAAAGCUCUGAUGAAGGGCUUGAGGCUGAUAGGUAAAGCUUAAUAAAGAGCAGUGAUACUAUCAAGAGCAGUGAUACUAUCAAGAGCAAUAAUACUAUCAAGAGCAGUGAUACUAUAGAGAGCAGUGAUACUAUAGAGAGCAGUGAUACUAUCAAGAGCAGUGAUACUAUCAAGAGCAGUGAUACUAUCAAGAGCAGUGAUACUAUCAAGAGCAGUGAUACUAUAAAGAGCAGUGAUACUAUAAAGAGCAGUGAUACUAUCAAGAGCAGUGAUACUAUAAAGAGCAGUGAUACUAUAAAGAGCAGUGAUACUAUAAAGAGCAGUGUGCAGGUUUCUUAUUUUUUCUCAUCUUGUUCAACUGUUACCAUGCACCUGCAACAAAGAUAGCUCAGAUGUGCGAGUGCCUUUUGAAUUUUGAAUGAACAACAGUUAAAAUAAUUUGUCAAUAUAUAUAUAUUUUUUUCACAGAUCAGUAGUGGAUUUUGUCUCCUAAUAGUCUUUUAAAUAGUAUAAUGUGCUGGUUUUAUUUUAUUUGAUCAUUAAAAAAAAACAUGUUACACCCAGCAACAGCUACAUUUACCAACAUCUGUUGGGGAUAUAAACCAGAGGAGGCUGGUGGGAUGAGCUAUAGGAGGACAGGCUCAUUGUAAUGGCUGGAAUGGAAUUAAUGGACCUGAGUCAAGCAUGUGGUUUCCAUAUGUUUUAUCCCAUUCCAGCCAUUACAAUGAGCCCGUCCUCCUAUAGCUCCUCCCACUAGCCUCCACUGAUGUAAACACAAUAAAGUCAAUAGACUUGUUUUCCAUUGUGGUCCUCCGUCCAUUGUGGAUGGUGUUGUUGUUUCUUUUUCACACAUGAUAAGCAAGUAUUCAAACAACAGUUUAAUUCUGUCUUUCCUGUAGGUUGCAGCAGUUGAUAUUUGGGGUUUUGAUAACACCACCCCUCUGUGUUUCCCUUGCAGGUCGAAGCAGUGCUGGAUCUACAGUACCUGUCCUCUCUCCUCACCUUCGACCCCGAUACCAUCGACCUCCUGGCACAGGAGGAGGCACAGGUAUUACACCGUGCUCUCACUCUCUCUCUCAGUAAAAGUCAAACAAAGAAAUGCUUUGAUGUAGCCGACUUCAUUGGUGUGUCGGUUUUCGCUCACUCUCUGUCUUCUCCUGUCCCUCUCUCCCUCUAUCCUCACAGGUGGAUCAGGAGAUGCCAGACGUACCUGCCAGUGUUACUAGCACUGACCCAGAGGACUACACUACCCACACUGCAUCUGAAGGCUGUACUACACAACAACUGGCCCCAUCACUCACAGAACACAGAGAAGCUCUGAGCCUACCUAUGACAUCAUAUGAAUUACAGUUCGAGAGGCACUGCAUGUCUAUGUCCAGUAUUCAUCGUAAGAGCCAUUCAACUCCAAACUAUGAUAACCACAAUGCACCUGGCCAUGGGCCUCCAUUGUUCAUACAGACCCAGGACGGUUGUACUGUUAGUUACCUCAUCCCUCCUAUUCCUACCCCUUCACCGUCGGAAACUUUCCAACUGGCAACCUCACAGGACGGCUUGUUUCAGCUUCAAGGACCCUACCCUCCUCCUCAACCUGGGAACAAUUCCCACAAUGCACCAUUCCCAAUGCCCACUCCACACCUCCGAGCGUUCUCUCUCCCACCUCUACCUGUUUGUCACAAAAACUACAACUACCACAAUGCACCACCACCGCAAGGGUUUUUCGUCCUACCGGAAAACUAUUCCCCACACCCUAUCCCUAUGACAGGCCAGGAUGCAUUUCAGAUGUGUCCUCCACAACGUCCCAGGCACUUUGUGUUCAGUGAGGACAGCCCUGAGGGUGGAACCUUCGUGUUUACUCCAAUGGGAGAUUACAUCCCCCACAAUGCACCACUUCCGAUGAUGAUGAACUCCCCCUCCCCAUUUCCUUUCUUGGAAAGGAACCAGACUUUCCAACAGACACAGUACCAUCAUCCAAACAAUACUAUUGCUGUGAGUGAUGUCUACUAUCCCCCAGGAGCUUUGCCUUGUGAAAAUCAAAACAAUCAGAAUCUUUAUAUAACGACUGGGUCUAACACAGCCUAUGAAGCUACAUUGUCACAUGGUCAUAGCUCGUCAAUAGAACUACCCGCAGCCAUCUUGCCUGUUAUGGGCAGCAGUGGUCAAUAUAUAACAGGCCAUUCAGCCUCAAACUUCGUGAUUCAGGAAUCAAAAGACCCACUCUCAAUCACUUCAAUCCUUGACCUCCAGGGCGGUCCUCUGCCAGGGGAUCUUCUAGCCUCCGAGCUUGCCUCAACCUCAACCACGUCUGGGGAACUCAACAACCUGCACCGGCCUAAGUCCGAUCAACAGAACUACAACCAGUCAGGUCAACAAAACUACAUCUCCCAGACAGAGGCAAACUUGUCAAACUCUUCUGUCCCCUUAAAUAUUAGUAAAGAUGGGAUAACCUUCAUGAUCCUGCCUCUGGAAAGAGAGGAAGAUGGAGUGAUGGAGGGAAUGAGUGAAGAAGAAGAGGACUCGGACAACUUCACCGCGGGGCAAGUGGGAGACGUCCCGAAACAGGAGGAUCUGGAGGAAGACAAAAAAGAAGAGGAGGGAGGAAGAGAAGAAGAAGAGGAGGGAGGAAGAGAAGAAGAAGAGGAGGGAGGAAGAGAAGAAGAAGAGGAGGGAGGAAGAGAAAAAGAAGAGGGGGGAGGAAGAGAAGAAGAAGAAGAGGGAGGAAGAGAAGAAGAAGAGGGAGGAAGAGAAGAAGAAGAGGAGGGAGGAAGAGAAGAAGAAGAGGAGGGAGGAAGAGAAGAAGAAGAAGAGGGAGGAAGAGAAGAAGAAGAAGAGGGAGGAAGAGAAGAAGAAGAGGGAGGAAGAGAAGAAGAAGAAGGAGUAGUAUUAUCACCCAUCCAGACAUAUCCAUUCCCCUCCCCUCCUUCCGUCUCCAAUCUAGGCCCGCCCACUCCGAUUGGAUCCCCCGCCCAUUUCCCUCUGGCGGCCUAUCAUGGUGGCAGGAGGAUGUUGACGGACAACCCGCCGUCCUGCCCCCCUAACCUGAGACUCCUAGCCAUGGCUGCCCUCGUCCACUCUGUCUCUUCAACGCCCCCGGAGGGCCAAGGAGAAGACAACGAUGACGAGGGUCAGCUGAACUGGAAGCCCCAGGACCCUUGCCCCUUUCAGCUGUCCCACCCUCCCCGGGACAGGGACAGGGUCACCCCCCCUUCAGGCCAUUGGGAUGGGGAUACCCCCUGUGCCGUACCUGUCCAGUCCUUCAUCAUGGCUGUCUCCUGCUCCACCCCCAAAGGUGACCCCUUCCUGGAUGCUCACCUGACAGGCUGGGUUAGGGACACCCCGAACCCAGCAGGUGAGAGAGAUCCACAGCCUCCACCUCUAUGGGCCCCUGCCUCUCUCUCAGGCCCCACAGAGGAGCCUCAAAUUGGGGAAGGGAGUCUGGAGCACAGGCCUCAGGUGGAGGAAGGUCCUAGAGAGGAUGGGACUGGGAGAGGAAUGGAGGUGGAGGCAGCUGACAAGGGAGGUAAGGAGGAAUGGAGGGUGAUAGACUCUUCGUCAUCCGACGGGCCCAACACUGAAACAUCUGAUAGUUUCAAUGCGAAAAUGUUAGACUGUGUGAAUAGUUCAGCUUCAGAUGGCAACAAUGCUGAAGCUUCAGACAUGCGUAACAGUUCUCAAGCUUCAGGUCUGGACAGUGCCAAUGUUAAAGCAUUAAAUAUAAUUGAUCUAAAGGUGACAAAUGUGACUGAAACAAAUCCUCCAGACAAUGCCAACACUCAGGGAACUGACAGUGCAUUUGUUCAAGCAACAGACACAACCAUCACUGAAGCACCUCGCGUCACUAACUCUGAAAGUUCAGACAGUGUCAACGAAAAGCUAACAGACGUGAUCACUGCCACCGAAGCCUCUAGUAUCACUGAGUCAUGUGAUUCAGAUGGUGUCAACAAACCGUUGCCAGACUCUCCUGCUAUUGACUGUGUGAAAGAGUUUGCUGACCUCAGUACAGUUCCUAUUAUCACUCAGGUGUACUCAGACACAGAGAGUUCACCGCCAUCCAUAAGCAGCACAGAUCCUGGAUCAGCCCUACUGUCAGAUUGUGUCAGUGAGACAGUGGAGGAAGCCUAUCCUAGAAUGGAGGAAACAUGGAACCAGCCUAUAGAAGGGGUGAACUUGGAUGAGUCUAUGUCCGAUAGUCAGGCUCCCAUACCUGGGCUGCUCCACCCUCACUCUGCCUGGGAUGAGUCCACUCCACUCCCCCUGUGUUUGGAUGCUACAGGGGUAAAAAAUGACCAUCUCCAGUCAUACAUGUCCAGGGACAGCACAAGGGAGACGGCCAACAUCUCUGCCGCACACACCCUCCUCACCCUGGGGCAGGUUGAGGUGAAGCACUCCCUCACCCCAACGCCUCGUGGAAGUGCAGAGACAGAGGGAGAGACAGUUUUGGGUGGCUACAAGGGACAGAUGGAGAGUAAUGUAGAGAGAGAAAACGGGGUGGAGACAGGAGAGGAGGCUGAGAUGGAGAGAAAAGAGGUAAAGCAGAAAAAGAGAGAGACUGAGUCAGAGGUUGAGACCACCCAAACUGGUCAACGGACUGAUGCAGAUGGAGAGAAUACGGAGAGGAGAGAAAGAGAAGAAGAAGGGAGAAUGGAGGAGGAGAGGAACGAGAUGGUUGGAAGACUUGAAGAGACGUCAAAUGCGAAUCCAAGCAGAAGCAGCAAGAGGUCAACUAGACAUCAGAAACAUAGCGAUAGUAGACGCAGGGAAGACACCGUGAAAACAGAAGAGGGGAAGAAAGAAAUAGAAAAUGAAAAGGAGGUAGUAAAGAAAACGGAGAAAAGAGAAACGAGUGAAGUAGCAGUUAGAGGAGAAGAAGAGGAGGAAGUGAUAGCAACCGAAAACAAGAUGGAAGAGAAAACAGAGAAAAAGAAACAGAGACAGUCAAGGAAAGGACAAGAGAUACAAGCAGUGAAUAGAGAACAGUCUGAAGAGAAAGAACUGAGAAUGAGUGACAAAGAGGUGUUCAAGGCUACUACUGCUCCCAAUAUUAACACUGAUAAAGUGAAGGUGACACUGAAGGAGCCUCAACCAGAUCAACGACAGAAAACGGAGGCAGACAGAGAGACGUCGAAACAACGGGACGAAGCAAAGGAUAAGACAGAAAAGCCAAGUACCAUGACAAGUCCUAUGAGAAGAGCAAGGAGGAAGAGCAAAGCUGCAGCGAAGGGGAAAGAGGAGUCAUCGAAAACGGAAAACGUGGCAGAGAAAGAGGAUGAGGCAAAAAGGACAGAAAAGCCCAGUUUUAUCCCAAGUCCUAUGAUAACCACAAGAAGGAAGAGCAAAGCAACAGAGAAGGAGAAAGAGAAGCCGAAACCAGAAAACACAACAAAUAAAGUGACAUCAGUAGAGACAUAUAAAGAAGAGGACGAAGGAAAAGAGGAAAGAUCUGAAAGGCCCAGUCCUUUGAUAACUCCUGUGACAAGAAAGAAAAGCAAAGAUGCAGAAGGGAAAAAAGAAGGGAAGUCAAACACAAAGAAAGAAACUGGUGGAGAGACGGAGAAACAAGGGGAUGAGGAGAGCACUGAAAAGCCCUGUCCCAUGACUAGUACUGCGACAAGACGUAUGAUAAAAACCAGAGGAAACAGGAAAGCUGAAGAGAGUAAGAAAGAACAGAUUCCACACACAGCUAAAAAAGAAGCCAAGGCUACCACCCCUAAUAUCUACACUGAUAAAGAGAGGGAAGAGGGGGAGGACGUUCCAACCUCAGGGAGGGUGGCGUUGAAAGACCCCAGUCCUAUGACAAGAACAAAAUGGGAAAAGAAUGACGUAGAGAGGAAAAAGGAGAAGGAACCGAGAACAGCAAAUAUGGAGAUAGAUGGAGAGCUGGAGAACAAAGAGAGUGAGAAGAUUGAAAAGCCUGGUCUUAGAACAAGUCCUGUGACUAGAGCAAGAAGGAAGGAUGUAGAGGGAAAGAAAGAGGAGAAACCAAAACCAGCAGAGAAAGAGACAGGAAAACAAGGGAACGAGACAAAGGAGGAGAGGACUGAAAAGUCCUUUCCUAUUACAAGUCACAUGACAAGAUCAAGGCAUGCUAAAGCCGCAAUGGCCAAGAAGGAGCAGGAGGAGGAAACGGCAAACACUGCAGAGGAGGAGACGGGGAAACACGGGGACGAGGUAGAAGAGCACCUGACAGAAAAGCUGAAAAUAAAAACUAUUGAGGGGGGCGGGACUAUCGAGAAUGAUACGUUCGUAACCAACAGGGGUCCAAACGGUAAAGGGAUGAAAAGGAAGGCGGGAGAGAGUGGGGAUAUGGGAGAGAAGGGGGAAAGACGACAAGUAGUGGUUCAAUCUGAAGAAGGGAGCUAUUUAGGGUUAAAAAAGCUUACAACUAAAAACAGGAGAGGACUAACAGAGGAACCCACCACCUCCUACAAAGCAAAAAUAGAGAAGGUAGAAACAGAUGCUAAGAUAAUGGGAAACGAAGGGACAACAGAAAACAAAAGACAGGAAGAGACCAUUCCAGCAUCCAGAACCAAACACAGUGAAGGGAAAAGGGAGAUAGAAACAGUCAUGUCCCCUGUAACCGAACGGAGGACAGGAAAAAUAGAGGGGGGGAAAAGAAAGGGAGAGACCGUUCAUCCUCCCAUCCCAGCCAAGCUCAGUAAACUGGAGGAGGAUGAACCAACACAGGCAGGGGGUCACACUCCUGACGAGAGGAGAGAGGAAGUGGAGCCCAAGAGAAAGGAAGAGAUGGACAGAGCGAGAGAGAGAUGGAGCCAGAGAGUGGGUAAAAGGUAG